UAGCGGGGCUCAGAAAACUCUCCCACCAUACAUAGCGGGUCCGUUCCGUGGCAACGUUGCUGAAAAACAAGUGCAAGAAGAAGAGAAAAUGUCUGAAGUCGAGGAGUCGCUGAAAAGAAUCCAGAGCCAUAAGGGCGUUAUCGGAAUAAUCGUCGUCAACGUUGAAGGCAUUCCUAUUAGAACUACAAUGGAUAACUCGACGACUGUUCAAUACGCUGGGUUAAUUCAUCAGUUGACAGCUAAAGCUCGAAGCACAGUUCGAGACAUCGAUCCGCAGAACGAUUUGACAUUUCUCAGGGUCCGUUCAAAGAAACAUGAAAUUCUGGUUGCUCCUGAUAAAGAGUACCUGAUGAUAGUUAUUCAAAAUCCAAGCCAGUAGAAGAGGAACAUUUCACAACCAUUUCCUUUGUAAAUACAACUCUGCAUCUCAGUUUAAUGUUUAUGCUAUUUUCUAUAGGGUUCACCUACCUUAAGCAAUGUUUAUUUUGCCAAAAAUACUACAAACCUUUUUUGGAUAAUUUAAUACCAGUGUUUUAUUAAAGUACAUGAGUUGAUUAAAGACACCUCAAGGCAAACUUGCAUUCCUCAUUUCCCUACAGUGUAGCUGGCUUUAUUCAAUACUGUCACUGUAGCUGUAAAUUACAAUAAAAUUUAUAACAUGUA